CAUUUAUUUAUGGGUUUAUUUCCUCCGAUGUUAGAGGUUAUUCCUACUAGAUUUCGACAGCGACAAGCGCGAGUAUAUUUAUAUAAUGUUACUAGGUCUUUAUUACUGAGCGGUCGGGCAGAGACUAAUAUCAGUUCUAACUUCUGGGUGUAUGUCGUCAGCAAAAUUCGUCCCCGCUUUAUGACGAGUUGCUUAAUGCUUUGGGAGGAACCAGCCCGUAAGAUGAUACCUACCUUCUUACCAACAAUCAUUCGAGAAACAUGCGGAGAAUUUGUGUCAAGCUAUAAUGAACUUCGGAUGGAGAUCCUACCAGAAAAAUUAGAACAUGAUAGAUCCUGGAAAGAAGAAGAGGAAAUUCUUGCGGAAGUCACAAAAAGAAUCCUCGGC